GGUCAAGAAUGGAGUCUCAAUGAUCUCUGGAUGGAAUUGACACACCCGGACGUCCACAAAGGGGUCCCAAAAUGGAGGGGGUUCAGAAGGAGGAGGCCCAGCCGAAAAAAAAGGUGGAGAAUUUGAUGAAGAACUUGAUGUUCCGAGAUAUGGACAUAACAACUAGGUCUAGUGCCAGCACCAAAGAAUUGGAGUCUAUUGCUGAGACUAAUCUGGUUCUGAAAGAUCACAAGGAAAUGAAAUGCUGUGUCCCUGGAAUUGCAAGAGCUACGUUCCUGAUGGUCUUCAGCCCAGAUGGUACAAAAGUCGCAUCGACCCACGGUAACCACAACGUCUGCAUAACAGACUUGACAACUGGCAGAAAUAUUCGUGUUCUAACCGGUCACCCCCGCACUCCGUGGUGUAUCGCCUUCCAUCCGACGACCGAUAUAAUAGCGACAGGUUGUCUAGGCGGUCAGGUUCGUGUAUGGGAUCUCGCCGGUGGUUCAGAGAUCUGGAACACCGAGCCGCAGACCGUAAUCGCCUCCCUCGCGUUUCAUCCGACCAAGCGCCUGCUGGUGAUUGCAACCUAUAAUGAGAUUCACUUUUGGGAUUGGUCAGAACCGGAGCCAUUCGCAGUUGCAACCACCCGUAAUGGCAAAGAGAGGGUUCGGUAUGUUGCCUUCGACAACACAGGUCGUAAAUUGAUAACAGGAAUUGGUAAUGUAACGCCAAUGGAGUCACAGUGGAAUCGACCCCCGGAGGCACCCAACAGAAGUCUCCAUCCUGAUUAUUGGUCGAACACAGACAGGACACAAUCGCCCCCGUCAGCACCCCGUCUCCAUCAUUUGUGGAAUAACGGGAGUGUUCCCCAGGAAAAUGUAUCUGGGCACGGGUCGCAGCCAGAGCCCUUCGCUGCAGCCCCUCCUCCAUCGGUUCCCCCGGAGCCCCUACGCAACUAUAUUCGACAGAGCGUACAGCGAUCAUUGAUAAAUAUAUUGCGGCAGCAAGCCGAUUUCGGUAUCCAUCCGAGGAAUGGCCAUGCCAAUUCUUCACCCUCACAAUUUGAAAACGUCACCAUCGAGGUACGACGCAAUAACUAUGCACCAGAAGAAUCAACCGCAAGCCCUAUGACUACUGGCACCCGGGGUAGACACUUCAUAGAGUGGUUCAUGCGGGACACGUCUCAACUUCAGGAUCCUCCACCACCAAACGCGGCUCUCUCUCAAUCUAUUCCUCUCCAGCUGAACGUCUACCCGAGUACUUUUCAGAGAUCCGUGAUGCUAAUUUGUUCUGAGAUCAAUAGAAAUUUAUAUCAAACAAACCUUUUCCAGCGGUACGAAACUCUGGUGAAGAAUACCUUCAGAUUGCCUACGCGUCAUCUAAUAGAUUCAACUUUUCGCCGAGGCUGGGGCACCGGUCUUUCCCCUAUGAUUGCAGUCUUCAGGGGGGAGAUUAAUGAAAUCUUACAAGCGAAUUUGACAAAUUGGUUGCGAAUCCCGUCGUUGUUGGAGAACGAGCGCGAGCCGAUUAGAAUAUCCACAAGAAAUAUGUUGGAGAGCACUAGAAUGAACCAAAGUAGGAGAUAUCAAAGAAUAACGGUGUUGAGGCGUUGCCUGGCCCACCGAGCUUAUCUUUAUUCUCGAGAGUUCACCGAUGAAAUGACGAGUAGGAUGCAAAAUUCUUUGGCGCACGAAUGUAAUGAGCUAUCGAAGCUUGAAGUGCUAUUUCGUCAAGUGUGUUUCGUAGCUAAUGGAAUAAUAUCGAGACUGCCAGUAGAUUUGUCCUCAAGACCAACUGAUAAUGAGAUAGCUGAUACCGUUGAAGACAAUCCAAUGUUCUCCGACAAUAUAAACAUGCCGGACAGCCCUCGAGAUGGAGAAAUUUCGGUCAGACCCUCGACAUCAACAUCCACUAGGCGAUUAUUAGCUCGGAGUUCUGAAGAGACCGAAGGGCCUUCCCGGCGACGUAGGAGACUGAAUGAUGAUAUUGGUGUGAGCUAUGCAGGAUAUAACUCAGCCACUAGGAACUGGGUGGAGGUAAAUGAUUCUUCAGCAUCUUCCGACGAAGGACAAUCUCCUCAGGGACCUUCUUCUGGUGCUUCAAACUUUACAGUGUCUUCGAGAUCUGCCUUCCAGCCUAGUGUUAGAAGAAACAGCAUUGAGCAAUCCAGUAGUUUACAGUCCCCUCAACAAAGGUUUCAGGCUUGGAGGGAAAUAAGCAACCCGAAUCGGUCAUUCUCUAGUUCCCAGACUCCCGGGGUGAGAAGACCCACCGAAGAAAGGCGAACAAUGAGGACGAAUUCUUUUGAAGGCACCCUGAGACAGGAAGAUGAUAGUGAGGGGUUAGGGGCAUUUUCAAGAACCUUAGGCUCGUCUUUCGAACGUAACCAAUUUCGUUCUACUCCCAUCAACGAGGGGCCUUCUGGCUCGUUUUUAUCAACAUCAUCCGGUAGAACAGCAGAAGACGAUAACGGGAGAUCAUCCUCGAGUGAGCCUGAUCAUUCGAAUAAUAGACAGAGCCAAGGGCAGCGUUUGCAGGAGCUUACAGAGGGAGUGCUAUUUAAACUGCUAGAACGUCUUGGAUUUCGUCGCUUCGGAGAGCAGGAAUCCAGUCACUCACAUUCGAGAAUUCAGGGAGAAUCGACUAAUCGACAUGCAAGGAUUCAUCAAGAGACUCGGGAAGCUCUGUUAAAUAUGGUAAGAUUUACCAGAGACGCGGCUGAACCUGAACUUCGCAGACGUGUUCAAGUAAGAGGUCAUCAGCCUGGGACAUCAUCCUCAAGGGAGGUGAGAACGACUCCCUGGGCUCGAAGAAUUCAGAGACUAUGCGCCGGUCUGGAUGAAAUCAGAAGAGGAGCUAUGAUGAAUGUUGAGUCGGGAAGCGUCGGGUCGUCAGCUCGACCACCUCCAAGCGACGGCGAUGAUGAAGACUCCGCCAGUUCACGUAUGAAGCUGCAAGAAUUGAAUAAACGACUGGCAGAAUUAAGUGAGCGAAUAUGGAUGCUCUCAGAAACACCUGGGACUGUUCCAUCCGCGGAAGCACCUACGACUGUUCCAUCCGCGGAAGCACCUACAGACUCUGCGUCUUCAGAAACACCUCGACGGGUUGAGGAGACUGACGAUCAUCGACUGCUAUUAAACCGCACCGACCCAAUAACUCCAUUCCACAGACGAUUGAGAAUGAUAGUUGAUAGAGCUCCAUCAUCGCCAUCCCCUAGACCACGAGCGCGCCCUAGAGAUAAUGAUAACGAGGAGGGUUCAUUGUUCCCAAGUACUGCCACUAAUAACGUCCAAAACCAUGAGGUUUUGUCGAGGAGAUUACUAAUUGGCAUUUUAGGGCAAAUGCAAAGUAAUAUCCACAACUUCCGAUUAACUGCCGGACCGUUUUCUGCAUAUAAUCGUCGAAAUUCUACCACCACAAAUAAUGGAAACUUUGAUGCCACUGACCGCCCUCCAUCGAACAUUCCCACAGCUCUCGAGCAUGAGGAAGAGAUCGAAGACGGGGAGGAGGAAGAUAUGAUCAGACCAAGACCACCUUACAGGGCUGCUCCCAUGGCACAGUCAACUCGAUCUUCGAAUGAGGAAGAGAUGGUUGGUGAGCGAUCAGGGUAUGGAACCUGGUUUCGCGAGGAGAACAGUAACUCUGAUUCGAAUCAUAGUGAUGAAACAACUGUGAAUGCCGAAGGAAUGGAUCGAGGACUGCUGUCACCUGUCUCAGCUAAUGCCAGUCGUUACGAACAACCUCCAUUGUUUCCGUUCAGAAGCCUUCGAGAAAACAUUAAAAAAAAUUUACUGGAUACUGACAAGGCUCAACCGGGGCCAAGUGGUUCCAGCGAUACCAGAAAGUCACAACCGAGCACUUCCUUAAACUUCCUUCAACCACAUCCGUCACAGGCCGACAAAUCCUCUGAUGAGGAUUCCUCCACAUCGUCAAUCACAAGCUCAGAGACAAGUUCCUCUAAUCAGAAGUCACCGAGAGGUUUAUCGAAGAUUCCACCAGCAACUCCAGGAUCUCAAAUUCCGACAGAACCAAGCAGAGCUGAACCAACUGAAGAGUUGAAUUUCAGAGGCUGGCGAGGCCGUCGGAAUCACUCAAAUAGUCAUCCAGUUGUCCAAUUGAAUAUUCUCAUCUCUGACAUCGCAUUCUAUCGUACUCAGAGAACUAGGUGGGAGAAUUUUCUCGCAAGAAUUCGGUUACUAAACUUGAGAAACCCUGAGGACAGUUCGGAAAGUGGGAGCAGCUGCAAGAAGCCUCGACUGGAUACAGCCGCGAGUUCUGCCAGCCAGCCCGGCACCUCUCAGGAGAAUCCAGGUACCUCUCGCACCAGUUCCGAGCGCUUUCUUGGUCCAGAGCACAUGAAAAUGAUCGACGGACUGUCUCACAUAAUUCCCGAGGAGAGUGAAUUCGAGCAAUUAUUUUUCCGAAGAUUUUUGUACCACUGGAAUGCCACCAACCAGAGAAUACGCUCUCGUUCGCUUAAUCCUAACAAUGAUCACACGUAUUCCAAUACACCAGCUAAUAGCGAAGAAGGGGAUUUGCUGAAUCCGGCGAGUGCAGCUCUUAGAAUCUUGUCCAAGUGGAAUCCAGCGAUUUGGAAUAGACGAGAGGGUGGGUCGUCAGACGAUGACGACUCAAGUUCCGAUGAAAAUCCUCAACCCCAUCAGAGCUAUUUAGGUAUGCGCGAGUAUCGGCGCAUGGUAUCUCAGCUAGCUAAGGCUAGGGCAAUUGACAGGACUGUUGAACCAGUAUCACAGAUCACGGACAAUAGUCCCUAUCAUCAAAUAGUCGAAUUUUCAGCCCUUCUAGUUCAACAUUAUAACGCGCUUUCAAAUAGUCCACAGAUUGUGGGGAGAAAUGAUGAGAGAAAUCAGAAUAGCAGCUCACAUGUAGCCCACAAUAACCACCAAGAUAUUCAUAUGUCAGCAAGGCUACAUUUGGUGAAUACACUGAGCUCCCUAUCAGAACGCUACCCAGACGUCACCUUGGCCAGGAUGAAACUUUUCUAUAACUACUUCCAACUAAAAAUGCUCUUGAUUUUAAGUCGCCAGGCCCUGGAACUCAUAGAUCUGUUAACCGCUCAGACGUUGCUAUUAUUCUCAGAGCAGCAGGAGAAUAUGGGGCGAAACAAUCAGAGUUCCACAGUCACUCCAAGAGAGGAUAAUGACGUGAGCGAUAUCGAGGAUCCUCCCCCGCUAGGAGGAGCAUUCGAUGACCCAUCCAAUUCAGGCCCAUUAUCGUCUCUGAGAGGUCCUUCAACUUCUUCGGAUAAUCAAGGAGGCUCUGCGCGAUUCGCCAGGCAUCUAUCUGCAUUAAAGGCGUUCAACGAGAGGCUAAUUAGUAUAAUCAGGAAUGACGUUGUCGAUCAAAUGCAAUUGAAUAGAAUGCAUAGGGUUACGGAGGAUGAGGUUUUCCGCAGGGCUUUGAGGCAGUGGAUACCCAGAACGAGUCCCAGGUCGAGGCAAGCAAAUUCCUCGGAGAGGCGAGAGGAAGAGAACGUAGAGGAACAAAUUAGACGGGAUAAUGAAGACCCCCGGCCAUUCAAUGUUCCUGUUGUUCAGGUCAAUAAUGUUCCUGUCAGUGAUUUCAAUAAUUUGAAUACAACGGAUAAUCAACCGAGGAGCUCAUCCAGUGCUACUUUUACAAGGAGAGUUUUCAAUCAGUUAACCAGGAGUCCGGCUAGUCAUAGAUUAACUACCUCGCUUCCCGGUUACUCUUCAGGAUCCACUGUUACGGUAGUUAAUAAUCCUGAGGGAGAGAGGAACAUUUUCGGCAGAAUGCGGACUUUUCCUCGACCCUGGAUACCGCAGAUCAGCUGGGGUGGCUUUUCACAUUCCAGACAUCCUGGACAUGUUGCCGCUGCUGGAAUGGCCGCUGGAGCAGCAGGUGCUCCAGGACCUGAUCCGGGAAAUGAUCCGGGCAAUGAUUCGGAUGAAGUUGAAACCAGAGAUCAAGUACCGGCCUCCAUGUCACUCAUACAUGCUCUUGAGGUUCAGAGCUACAGGAUUCAAGCCUGGGACUUCUCCAAUGCUGAAAUACCGGAUAUCACUGAUCCUAAGAAGAAUAUCGUUGUGAAGGAGUGCAAAAUUCAUAAUGACGCGAGUAUCGAUAUCUCUUCCGAUGGAAAGUAUCUGGCUACUUUGCUACCUUCUGGACGAUUCAAUGUUACUACUGCUGUAGGUGUUUACAGUCUUCAGUGGGAAACACUAGGGAAACGUCUUUACUCGACUAAAGUUGAUCAGAGCGUUGUCUCCCUAUCGAUGUCUCCGACGGGUCAGCAUCUGCUGGUCGGGCUGGCAUCGCGUAGGGUUCACGCUCUUGCCCGGCCAUUUCCAAUGGCUGUAAUUUAUAAAUUUGUGGAUCGACCUGAAGAAGAGGAGGAAAUCACUUCGCAAACCUCUCCACCAGAUCCCCCCCCCCGACUUUAUUAUGACUUUAUCUACAAUUUACAAAGUAAUUUGAAUAAUUAUGGCAUUAAUUCCUUCAUCAACAAUAGGGGAGAGAGAGAAGUUAAGGAUAAUAAAAAGACAAUGGUGCUGUUGCGGGAGUUGCAGCAGGCUAAUAGGGAGACUGCUACUCAUGUUAGUCUUAAUUGCAUCAGAUGGGCCCCACAACCUGGCCAAGGCAUGGUUUAUGCUACUAAUACUGGACAGUUAAAUAUUCUCCGUUGAUACAUUCAUGUUUCUUUGAUAGGAACCUCUUCUUUGGGGAAUCUAAUAGCAACUUUUUUCAGUUUUAUCUAGGAAUAAGAUUUUUUAAAUUCAUGGUUUCAGCAAUGAAGAGUGUCUGUAUUUUUUUUUAAAUUUAAGCCAGUAAAAAUCAACUGAGUACGUCAAUGAUUUGAUGUUUUUUUUUCUAAUUAAUUUUUUUUGUCAUGGAAUUUAUUAAACUGUUGGGUUCUAGAGUCUCGGCUGAAAAAAGUCAAUCAUAAAUAUUGAGUAUUGAUCGUUAUAUUCAAUAAAUUAAGGAUAGGGUGAUGAACAAUCAUCGAGCAGAACUGAUGUUACUCGUCUACCUAACCCAAAUAUAAUCAAAUAAUAGAGUGUAAGUAAUGACGGUGAUCUGGGAAGAGAUAAGAUGACGAACGUUUGAUUAUUCUAACAGUUCCAGUAAUAUAUAUAUCCAAUAUGUACUUUGUCCAUUUUUUCUUUUAUUUCCAUGAUAUGUGAAAAAAUUUAUUAAAUAUACGUAUGUAUAUAAACUAUCUACUGGUCAUUCAGAUAAUUAUCCAAAAUGUAUGCCAAUUGGCUGUAUGUAAUGAUUUGAAUAAUUAAAUAAUUAUGGUGAAUUAAAUGAAAAUGAAAAAUAUA